AUGUCUCCUGUCAUUCUGUUUUCGUCUUCUGGACGUUGUCCUCCAUUGUGGUUGUGCCAACCAGGGGGAUGGGGGAGACAGGGUCAUCACCUCAGUGUUGCCUCGGUACAUCUGGCAUAUCUCUUAUUCCCAUUUUUAUUUUUUGAGGUUGGUAAUUUAUCCUGGUCAGCAGCUCGGAUCCCACCGAAGCGAACGUCGAGCGAUCGUUCCAAGUCCGCGCCCAAAUACCACGAUGAAUUCCGUUUCGCCCUCCGUCUUGUUCGCAAUUUAAUUUGA